AUGGCGGUGCUUUACACGUCCUGCAUCGCCAUCGCCAUCGGCAGCCUGGUCAAAUGCGCGGGGCUGUCGCAGCUGGAGAUCUCGUACUGCAAGUUCGUCUCCGGGACCAUGAUCACGAUCCAGUCGGUGAUCAACGUCGUCACGGACUUCUACGUGUUGCUGCUGCCCAUCCCGCGGCUGGUCAAUCUGCAGGUUAGCCGGCGGCGGCGGAUCGGGCUUCUGGUGACGUUUAUGAGUGGGCUUGGUGCCUGCGCAGCCAGUCUGGCUCGACUGGUUAACCUCCAGCUUACGGAAAAUUCCGAUGUUUUUUGGACGACCGGCGCAAUGCCCAGUUCACGUACGAUCGUCGAGAUGAACAUCGCCAUCAUCGUCGCAUGCGCCACAUUCUUUGCCAUGUUCUUCGCGCGACUGCGCUCCCUUGGCUUGUCUUUCUAUAACGCGACUAGAUCCUUGCUUCAGAACGGUACACGCGAGGGCCCUAAAGUCAGUCAAACGGGGGACGCGGCACGGAGCAACCUCUCGAGUAAGAAGAGGUCGAGCAGUCAGCACUGGGAAUGA